UGGUUCAACCAGUUAACUCAGAGAGGACAGUUUCUGGGUCGUCUUUCGAGAUGUGGGACAAACCAGUCACACUGCUCAAUUAAGAACACAUUCACUCGUUCACGUGUCAUAAUUCACGUGAGUUCAGCGUGCUCUGGUGGAUUAGUGGUAAUUCACUCACCUCGCACGUCAGAUGUCCGGAAUUCAGACCUUGACACAGCGCCACUGAUGAGCUCGAGUCCGUUUUUCAUAGGAAAUGCAUUCCGUAUCCAAACCAUCACUACAGGCCUGGGACCGUCGCUCUCUGUGAGACCCGUCGUUACCAGAAGUCCACCGAGCUGCUCAUCCGUAAACUGCCUGGUGAGGGAAAUCGCUCAAGAUUUCAAGACCGACCUAAGAUUCCAGAGCUCGGUUGUCCAAGCUAAACAGGAAGUCAGCGAGGCAUACUUGGUUGGUCUGUUCGAGGACACUAACCUGUGUGCAAUUCAUGCGAAGGUUCUUUCGUUAAGCCGUGUGACUGAUUUCUCCCAAGCUACACUCGAAACCUGCUGUCCCAAAAAUCUGGCAUCCACAAGUUCUUCUCAAUAUCAUCGAAGACCUCAAUCAAGUAUAAACACGUUCAUCUGUUCAGACUUGAAAAAUCACAUGCAUCCAGCGUACGCGGGUGCAGUGCUAACACGCUCACAUCGCAUGUCAGAUGUCCGGAGUUCGAACCUAGGCACGAAUAAGGAUAUGCACCAC